AUGCCUGCCCGACCCUCGACGCCUCCUCCCCAGGCUACGGCCAAGCCUCAGUCGCCGCUGACCCCAGAGCAAGUGAGGAGGAUCGAGAUUAAUCGUCUCAAAGCCAAAGCGCUUCGGGAACAAAGAGAGGCAGAAGUCGCAGCAACCGCACCCCUACGAAGAUCUGACUCUUCGGCCGCAGGCCAGAAGCGCUCGUACGCUACAUAUUCUGAGGCUCCAGCAGCGACGAACCGCGAUGCCCGAAACGAAGCAAAUCGGCCGCUUGAGGCUAUUCAGCCGGCGCGCAACUUUGCAAAGUAUGUCGACUAUGAUUUCAGCAAGAUGGCGGAUACAAAGGGUGGGUUCUUGACUCAAGAAGAUGACCCGUACAACAAGGCGCUACACGCCGAUGAAAAGGACCAGAAGCCGUCCCAUCUGACCGAGAAGGAAUGGGAAAGACAGCAACUGCUGCGGUCGCUGCGAAAUCGUCAAGCCGGUCCUUUCGAGCCCGGAAUCACUGCCAUGACAGACCAGAAAACCAAGUCGUGCCGCGAGUGUGGGACUUUGGAAGUUGACUGGAAAUGGCUUGAUGUGUUUAACCUCGCCGUGUGCAACACCUGCAAAGACAAGUUCCCCGAGAAAUACAGCCUGCUCACCAAGACAGAAGCAAAGGAGGAUUACCUCCUGACAGAUCCCGAAUUGAAAGACGAGAAUCUGCUUCCGCAUCUCGAAAGACCCAACCCUCACAAAUCGACGUGGCACAACAUGUUCUUGUAUCUGAGAUGUCAGGUCGAGGAGUAUGCCUUCUCGGACAAGAAAUGGGGAUCGGCAGAAGCGCUAGAUGCGGAGUUCCAGAACCGAGAGACAGAGAAAAAGAAGCGAAAGGAGAAUAAAUUCAAGUCGAAGCUGGCGGACCUGAAGAAGAGGACCAGGGUCGAGGCAUACCAGCGGAGCAAGAAAGGCGGCGCCCCUGGGAAUUUCGGAGACGAUAUGAGUGGUGGCAAACAUAUCCACGAGUUUGGACAGCCCAUUGACAAUCCCGAAACCGGGUUUCCCGUCAAGACAUGUACUAUAUGUGGGCUGGAAGUGGAAGAACUCGAGCUGUAA